CGUGGUGAAAUUGUUGGCCCAAAAUCCCCCCUCCCAUCCCCUCCACACCACAACCAACCUUUUUUUCCUUCCUCUGACGAGAUCGCUCUGCACCGCAGCUUGCUUGUUCGCCAAUGGGUCUCAAGAUCAAAGAGAGCGAGGGCUUUUGCGGGACAAUCAUGGCGGGGGCAAAGACAACGACGACAGGAGCCAACGCCGCUGCGUCGACAUCGGCCUCGGCCAUACGCAUACGCGAGAACCAGCGCCGCUCGCGCGCUCGCCGAAAGGAGUACGUCGAGGGCCUCGAGCGCAAGGUCCACGAGUACGAGAAGCACCGCGUCGAGGCCACGCUCGAGAUGCAGACGGCUGCCCGCACCGUCGCCCUCGAGAACGCCCGCCUGCGCGCCAUGCUCGCCCGCAUGGGCGCCUCUGACGCCGACGUCGAGGCCUUUCUGCAGUCCUCGCAGGAGCACGACGCUGCCAGGGCCCUCGAGAGCGUCCGCUGGCAGGGUCGUCAGCAGCAGCAAGCCGACGGUGACGCGGCCGCCGCCUCUGUCAAGGCCGAGGAGCCGCCGCCGGCAAGGCAAGGGGACGGCGACGGGUGCCGUCCGUCUCACGGCAGCAGCACUACAUCACACAACAACAACAACCACAGUCCUCAUGCUCCGGGCUACCACCCGGCAGCCUCGGCUGGGGCCACGCACUAUGCGCUCCCGCCCGUCACGCCCUUUGACAAGCUCGACGUCCUGGCGUCGGCCAGCGUCCAGCAGGGCUGCUGCGACGGCCGCACCCAGUGCGCCCUGCCCGCCGCCUCGUCCGGCACCGACUCGCGCGCCAACAGCCCCUCCUCCACCGUCGGCCCGAGCCCGGGGGCCGUCACACCGUCCUCGAGCGGGCCUCACCCGCUGUCCCCGGCGGGCGACCAGGCCUUUGGGUCGCCCAUGGAGAUGUCCUGCAACGCCGCGGCGCAGAUCAUCGCCGAGAUGCACGGCUACAGCAGCAGCAGCGGCGCUGGCGCCGACCGCGACGUGACGAGGGAGAGGCUCGGCUGCAACGGCCAGUCCGAGUGCCUCGUCAAGAACACUGUCCUCUUCCAGAUUCUCGAGAAUGACAGCAAUUUUUGACCGAGCCAGAGUCAAGGACUAAGCUCUAGGCUGCUCUGCUCUCUUGACGUCGGCAUCUAGAAUAUGCCGCUCUCUGGACGCCGGCAGUCCAUGUCCACAGACAUGUGCAUCGAUCCGCCGCUCCCUGGACGUCGACAUGUUUUGUGUCGUUCGAUUGUUGUCGUCGACACACCGCAAUGGCCCUCUUCCGACCACAGUGCUCACGCGACCCUAUCGGCGCCGGCCACAGUUUGGAAGCAACUACAAUGCGGGUUGAGCGCACCUGGCGAUGUUGCCAUGAGACAAUGUGCACAACGUCACGCCGAGUCCUCUCGGGCAACAAUGACUGCAUGCCCGCUUCCUCGUGCCAAGCUGGGUAGCAAGGCACGCAGCCGGGCGCGCGGGCGGGCGCUCGCAUGAAAGAAAGCGGUACGCCUAGGAGACGGACUAGGCCUACGACGUAUGAACCCGCUGGCUGCAGUCUAUGCCUAAGCUUCCGCCUCUGCCUCGGCGCAUGCGUACGAGGAAACUCGAAAGGAACGGGACUCAGCGCCGUGUAACAGACUGACUCCGGAGGAGACGGCGCGCUCGCACACCACGCCCAGGGGACGGCGUCAUGGCACGACGCUGGUGGUGAGGCGGGAAGGAGGGGACUAAAUCGGGGGAGGGCGAAAAAGCAUCAUUCAUGUAG